CAUGGAUCUUUUUCCAAUUAUCACACAUCCCAUAACCAAUUCCGUAUAACCAAUGGACGGCGAACCGCCUUCCAAGAAUGGGGGCACAUUCCUCCGCCUGCCUAGUCGGGGCCAGCUCCUCCAUGCUCUCACACUCACCCAAAACACCUCGGCAAUGGUCUUCACGAUCUUUCUCGUCCCUCAUUUGGCUAGUCCUGUGGUCGCUGCUUUUGCAGGAUUGGAUGGUGCGGAGAAGACUAUGAUGAUCGCUCGAGAUCUGUAUAUCCCUCUAGAGCCUAUACUCGUGUAUAUCCCUCUUACCAUUCAUCUUCUCUCUUCUCUCAGUCGCCGUCUUCUCCUCUCCACGUCUACCUCUCUACCCAAAUCUAUUCGCUUCCCUACUCUCCCCCAUCAAACACUUGCCUAUCCCCUCGUCUUUCUUCUCAUCCCACACAUUAUAACACACCGACUGAUCCCUUCCUCCUCCGCACCUCCCAUAAGGGAACUAUCUCCAAGCGAACUGGGGUGGGAAUUUGUAGGCUAUAAUCUGCGGAGUUGGGGAGCUUGGAUAGCGUACCUUGGAUUAGUAGGUGCAGGAGCCUGGCAUGCGCUUGUGGGUGGGAUGAAAGUAGCAACCUGGUUGAAAAGUUUGCGGCGUCGUCCUGCUAGAGGGGGCCCCUCUAACAUCCUCUCCACCAAGAGGAAGAUAUAUCCGGACGAUGGAGAAAAGUCUGGUUCCGAUCCUGCACCACGUGUCAUUGCCAAGCCACGCAAACUAGGCUUGAGAGGGUUGAUAGUGGUUUUACUAGGGGUUGUCUCAUUUGGACUGGCAAGAGUUACCAGUGAUACAGGCUUAGUGAGUGGGAUGAUGAAGAGGAGGUAUGAUGCCGUAUUCAAUGCUACGCCUUGGGCGAAGCUGUAUAGGCUGUUCUGAGCAGGCAUAGACGGGAUUGCUGCCACAUCAUAUAUGAGCAUUCAGCCGCCCAGCAGGGAGAAAGACGGGGAACAUAGAGGGUAGAAGCCUUCGUCCCGAGGAGCGGUUGACCAUAGAUAUCAUGUCCUACAGAUCGGGGAUGCAUGUGCACAUCUCAAGACAGAUCGAGACUCGGCCAAUCGUCGGCGUCUUUUUGUGUGGAAGUCUUCUCGAUCUUACCGAAGAAAUGUGUGAAUAGUCCGAGUCUUGAAAUACAACGAUCUUGUAAAAGGAUGUUACAAUCCCGAUUCCACCAGGUUGAAUGGAUAUGCAUCCUUACAUCG